AGGGGUAAAAUAGGUCCAUAAAUUAUAUAUGAAGACUAGUAGGGAUAUUUGGAGUCAUAUGCCACCUCAGAACUGUAGUUGGUAUUGGAGAAAAUUAAAUACUUUAAAGGUUGAGCUGGCAAACUGGUACAAUAGAGGGACUUAUAAGUUGACUAAAGGAGGCAAUUACUUAGUGUUUUGUAGUUACAUUGAAUUAUUAGGUGCCCUUCCUAUAUUAAGGGAAGCAGAUUUACUGUGGAGUUCGGUCAUGCUUCCAAAGCAAAGAGUAAUCAUGUGGCUAGCAUACAAAAACAGAUUGCUUACUAAAGAGAGAAUGAAAAAGUUGAACAUAUAUGUAGAACAAAAAAGGUACGAAUAUAUCUUCAACUUUGACAAAUGGUACAAACAUAUCCUUCGUUAUACUUUAGGUAUAUAUAUACUCUCGUCGUUAAUGAAAAGGUACAAAUAUACCUUUAUCAAUAACAGAGGGACACAUGUCGAUUUUCUAUUCGCUAACUUUUUAAAAUGAAAUUCAGUUAAAAUAAAUCCCAAAUCCAAUCCAAAUUAAAAUCAGACCCGACCCAAAUUAAAACCACACCCAACCCGAUCACUUGAACAUUCAAACGCGUCUCUUGUACACGUCUUAAUUAAAUUCUAGGAUGCCCCAGUUUUCAGGGGAAGUUAAAGAACUAUCCCCUGCUUCAACCAUUUUCAGUAGUAGAUGAUCUGUAUAUUCAAUCAACCCCAAAAAAUCAACCUUUAUGCUUCAGUGCAUGGAAGUUGUGGAAGCACUAAAGUUUUGCCUUCAAAGCUACAUAAUUAGCCUCUAUGCUGAAGUGCAUAGAAGCUGUGGAAGCACUAAAGUUGUGCCUUCAAAGUGUAAUGUCCAAAAAUACGAAUUGAUUGUAACGAAUUGGGGAAUAUUAUUGAUAGUCAACUGUUGUGAAUUUUUCAAUUUCAACUGAAAGAAUACAACGAAAUUGUAACUACACAUUCAUCUAUUCCAUCAUUGAUGGUACUUGAACCUUCAACUGAGUUCAUGUAAGAAAAAUUAGAGUGAGGAUCGGGAGAGGUAAGGUGAAGAAGAAGAAGAAGAAAAUAAAGAGAGAAUUUUUUAGAAUGGUUUAUACCGAUAAUGAUCUAACUGGCACUUCCAACUCCAAUUGGGAUAUUUAGUGAAUUGGAGAUGAAUCUUCUAGAAUUUUUGAUCUGCACCAUUGGAUCACGAAAUGAUCUUCUAAUCCCAACCCUUUGUUUUAUUCUCUUGGGCAGCCCCACCAGUGACGUGGUUGCUUCUACUACACAAGUGUCUUUCACUUUACUCUUAUUCCCCAAAUCAUCAACCAAAAUUAUAUACAACCCCCAGACAUUACAAUCCCUCCUCCUUCAAAUCGACCUUGUCCUCAAGGUUAACUCUAUGAAACAAACUACGGAAAUUGGCUAUGAAUGUAACUCCAAUCUUCCCAUGUUGCUUCCUCAGCACUAAGAUUAGCCCAAUGCACUAACACUUGCACUGCUGCAGUAUUGUUUGCAUGCAUCAUUCAUCGACGAAUUACUGCGAGGGGUUCCACCAUAACCCGACUAGUACUGUCACAAACUGGUGGUUGCUACUGCAAGGUGAUGUCUGUACCUACCCAACGUUUAAGCUGGGACACGUGGAAGACUGGGUGCACUUGAGGCCAUGGUGAAAGAUGCAAAUGGUGGCCUGCUGACCAGAGUGACCCCCCCAUUGGAGAAAGAUGAAGUGCUUGGCAUACCUUGCUUCUCAGACCAUGUCUGCUGCAGAAAAGGAUAAAGCAGCCCAGCAGGCUGCUACUAGCACUACUCAGGAGGCAGCCAUUAUCGGGCCAUCUCCCGUAUUGGUGGAUCUGAAUAGGACUCAAGAAAGUUCGUUGGGUUCUAUGUUUUCAGGUUCUCAAAUGCCCGAAAGAAAAAGACCUAUAGGGUUUUUUAUACCUCUAGAGGUACCAACGGUAGCUCCUAUCCCCCCAUCAGGUGCCUCAGACCCAGAUAUAAAGGGAGCGAUACAGUUGCUUACACAGUUGGUUGCUGCUCAGGCCCAAAGACAGAAUGUGGACAUACCCGUUGCUACUCAGGAAGGGAUAGCCAAAUCUAGGAUCAAAGAUUUUCUCCGUAUGAAUCCACCAGAAUUCACAGGUUCCAAGCUUACAGAGGACCCUCAAUAUUUCAUUGAUGAGACUCAUAGAAUUUGUAAGGUGAUGUGGGUCCCGAAUACAGAUGCAGUUGAAUUGGACGCCCAUCGACUGAAAGAUAUUAUUGUUGACUGGUAUGAGAUAUGGGUUGAUUUGAGAGGUCAGGAAGCUCCUCCAGCGGUCUGGACAGAAUUUGCAGAAGUUUUUAUGGACCACUUCAUGCCAUUAGAGCUCAGAGAGGCAAAAAUAGAUGAAUUUCUUUCUUUAAAGCAGGGUAAUCUUAGUGUUAAGGAGUAUUAUUUGCAGUUUACUCAGUUGUCCAAAUAUGCUCCAGAGGUGGUUAACACAUAAGCAAAACAGAUUCAUCGCUUUAUGAAUGGCCUUACGAGUCCCUUAAAGGACCUUUUUUCUGUUGCUAUUAUGAAUAGGGAUUUGGAUAUAGCAAGGAUCAUGGCACGUGCUCAGCAGAUAGAGGAAGAUCAGCGAAAUCGUGAAAGAGAUAGCGAGAGAGGGUAGAGUAAGAGAGUUAGGACGGCUAACCAGUAUCAGGGAAGCAGUGGAGCUUCCACUAGUAGAAGGCCACUUAGGCAGAUCCAGUCAGUUGUGCGCUCCACAUCUAAUACUCCAACUCAAUUCUUGAGGCACAGGUAUGAGCAAAUUCAGACUUCUAGAGCACCAGACUUACGACCUCAGAGGGGUGUUAGUCGAGGGUUACCACCUUGUUCUACAUGCAGGCAGUGUGGACGACCACAUGGAGAAGAGUGUCGGCGUGGUUCCAGUGCAUGUUACUGGUGUGGUAUAGAGGCUCAUAUGGUAAGUAAUUGUCCACAUCUCAGAGGUAAAGGUAGAAGUGAUCAAUCACAGCCUACAAGGUCUGCAUCAGCUUCAUCUUCAUCAGUGUCUUCUUCUUCUCGAGGUCCUCAGGCAUCAGCAGGCAGAGGAUCAGGUAGGGAUAGAGGGCCUGGUUCGGGCGCAGGCCCAAACUAUAUGUAUGCACUAGCUGGUCGAUAGGAUUCAGAGGCAUCUCCAGAUGUGGUCACAGAUACCUUAACUGUCUUUUCAUAUGAUGUAUAUGCGUUAAUAGACCCAGGUUCUACCUUGUCAUAUGUUACUCCAUUCAUUACUAAGAAGUUCAAAAUUGAGCUAGAGUUGUUACACGAACCAUUUGCAGUAUCAACUCCAGUAGGAGAUUCUGUUAUAGCUAGACGAGUAUAUUAUGAUUGUGUGGUGAUAAUAUGUGGUCGUGCUACAUUGGCUAAUUUGAUUGAACUUAAAAUGGUUGAUUUCGACAUUAUUAUGGGAAUGGAUUGGUUAUCCUCUUGUUACGCCAUAGUUGAUUGUCGAUCCAAGAUAGCUCAUUUUUGUUUCCCAGGAGAGCCAGUCUUAGAGUAGAGGGGUGACUUUAUGGUGCCUAGAGGGAAGUUUAUUUCCUUUCUUAAGGCACAAAAACUUAUUGCAAAGGGGUGUUUGUACCACCUAGUCCAAGUAAAAGACGUUGAGGCUGAGAAGUAGGCACCGACUCUAGAAUCGGUACCAGUGGUGAACGAGUACUCAGAUGUGUUUCCUGAUGAGCUUCCUGGAUUACCUCCUGUUAGGGAAAUCGAUUUUGGUAUUGAUGUGGAUCCCGAUACGCAGCCGAUAUCAAUUUCACCUUAUAGAAUAGCUCCUGUAAAAUUGAAAGAGCUAAAAGAACAGUUAAAGGAUUUACUUAAUAAAGGUUUCAUUCAGCCCAGUAUAUCACCUUGGGGUACGACAAUACUUUUUUUUACGUAACAAAGAUGGCACAUUGCGAAUGUGUAUAGAUUACAGGCAGCUGAACAAAGUAACAAUAAAGAAUAAAUACCCUCUUCCCCGAAUAGAUGAUUUAUUCGAUCAAUUACAGGGAUCUAAAAGCUUUUCAAAGAUCGAUUUGAGGUCCGGUUAUCACCAGUUAAGAAUUCGUGAAGCAGAUAUUCCCAAAAUAGCCUUUCGAAUAAGAUAUGGGUAUUUGAGUUUCUUGUCAUGUCAUUUGGACUAACGAAUGCUCCGGCAGCCUUCAUGGACAUGAUGAACAGGAUUUUCAAACCUUUUCUUGAUAUGUAUGUGAUUGUAUUUAUAGAUGAUAUUUUAAUAUAUUCACAUAAUGAAGUUGAGCAUGCAGAUCAUUUGAGGUCAGUAUUGCAGAUGCUGAGAGAGCACCAGUUGUAUGUUAAGUUCUCUAAGUGUGAGUUUUGGUUGACCUCGAUAGCCUUUCUUGGUCAUGUAGUAUCUGGAGAAGGCAUCAGAGUAGAUUUUCAGAAGAUAGAAGCUGUGAAGAAUUAGCCUCAACCAACCACUCCUACGGAGGUGCGUAGUUUCUUGGGGCUAGCAAGUUAUUAUAGGAGAUUUGUGGAGGGAUUUUCCUCUAUUUCUGCCCCAUUGACCAAAUUGACGCAGAAAACGGUUAAAUACCAGUGGUCAAAUACUUGUGAAAGAAGUUUCCAAGAGCUGAAACAUAGAUUAACCACGGCGCCAGUGUUGGCCUUACCAGAGGGCACAGAAGGAUAUGUGGUGUAUUGUGAUGCUUCAGGUAUUGGUUUGGGUUGCAUUCUAAUGCAGCAUGGAAGAGUUAUAGCGUAUGCUUCUCGACAACUAAAGAAACAUGAACAAAAUUACCCUACUCAUGACUUAGAGCUUGCAGCAGUGGUAUUUGCACUUAAAAUUUGGCGUCAUUAUUUAUAUGGAGUGCAUGUUGAUAUCUUUUCAUAUCAUAAGAGUCUUCAAUAUCUAUUCAAACAGAAAUAGUGGAACUUGAGGAAAAGAAGGUGGUUAGAGUUAUUGAAGGAUUAUGACGUUAAUAUUCUCUAUCAUCCAGGUAAAGGUAACAUUGUGGCUGAUGCUCAUAGUCGACUAUCCAUAGGUAUUCUAGCACAUCUGCUACCUUUUCAGUGGGAAGUAGCAAAAGAUGUUUACAAAUUGGCUAAUCUCAGCGUUCGCCUUUUGGAUUCUGAAGAUGGUGGCAUUGUGGUACUCAAUACAGCCGAGUCGUCACUUGUGACACUGGUUAAAUAGAGACAGUAUGAUGACCCCUUAUUGCUCCAAUACAGAGAGAUGAUUCAACAAUAUCAAAUCACGGCAUUUAAACUAGUAGGUGAUGGCACCUUGAGGUGUCGAGGUAGAUUAUGUGUGCCUGAUGUAGAAGUUUGCAUCAACAGAUUAUGGCUGAGGCACAUUGCUCUCGCUAUUCAAUCCAUCCUGGAUCUACAAAAAUGUAUCAUGAUCUUAAAGCGAUCUACUGGUGGAACGAUAUGAAAAAAGAUAUAGCAAAAUAUGUGGCACAGUGCUCCAACUGUCAGCAGGUGAAAGCGGAACAUCAAAGACCCGGUGGCCUAGCUCAAACCUUUAGUAUUCCUUGUGGAAGUGGGAUGCUAUUUAUAUGGAUUUUGUUGUAGGCUUACCUUUGUCUUACCGGAAACAUGACUCUAUUUGGGUAAUAGUUGAUCGACUGACGAAAUCUGCCUAUUUCCUUCCUGUUAAGUCUACCAGCACGGCUGAAGAUUAUGCUAAGUUAUAUGUAAAAGAUAUUAUCCGCCUACAUGGGACCCCGAUAUCUAUUAUUUCAGAUAGAGGUUCCUCAUUUAAAGCUCAAUUUUGGAAAUCAUUCUAUAAGAGCUUGGGUACGCAGGUGAACCUAAGUACGGUAUUUCAUCCUCAAAUAGACGGCCAAGCUGAGCGCACCAUUCAGACGCUCGAAGAUAUGUUGAGAGCAUGUAUGCUAGACUUUAAAGGUAAUUGGGACGAUCAUUUGCCUUUAAUAGAAUUUGCUUAUAAUAACAGUUAUCACUCCAGUAUUGGCAUGGCUCCCUUUGAAGCUCUAUAUAGAAGACGAUGUAGAUCACCUAUUGGUUGGUUUGAAGUAGGCGAGACACAGGUAUUAGGUUCGAAUUUAGUCCAUCAAGCUGUUGAAAAGGCUAAACUGAUACGAGAGCGGUUGAAGGCUGCCCAAAGUAGGCAAAAAUCAUAUACGGAUGUGCGACGUAGAGAUUUAGAGUUUUAUGUUGAUGAUUUUGUGUUCCUAAAGGUGUCGCCGAUGAAGGGCGUUAUGCGAUUCGGUAAAAAGGGUAAAUUGAGUCCCAGGUAUAUUAGGCCCUAUAGAGUUAUUCGCAAAAUUGGCAGGUAGCUUAUGAGCUAGAAUUACCUCUAGAGUUAGCUGCAGUGCACCCUUUCUUUCAUGUGUCUAUGCUAAGUAAAUGGUUAGGAGAGUCGUCUCGCGUUGGGUAUUGAACUUGCUGAAGACUUAUCAUUCAAGGAAUUCCCCGUGGCCAUACUAGAUCGACAGGUCAGGAAGUUAAGAUCUAGAGACAUAGCUUCAGUAAAGGUGUUGUGGAGGAACCAGGACGUAGAAGAAGCCACGUGGGAACAAAAAGUGGAUAUGAAAACUAAAUACCCUUAUUUAUUUCAAAAAUUAUCAGAAGGUUCUUGAAUUACUUGUCCCUUUAUAUGAUCAUUAGUUUCUACUAUAUUUGUUAUGUUGAUAUCUGAUUCUUAU